CAGUCCUGUUAAUCGAUAGCCGAACUUGACGAUGGUUGAAUGUUUUGUAGACGUGGUGCACAGUUAGCCAGUUUAAAUGAGCUAAGCUAGCGUCGAAUACACAUCAGCUAAUCAACACCAGUGACCUAAUGUUUAUUUUAACGUUUUAAAGAUUAACAAACCUACAGAAAGAACCGUUUAUCCUGCAGUUAUGUUGGACUUUGCUAUAUUUGCUGUGACAUUUGUCGUUAUUUUGGUUGGUGCUGUGUUGUAUUUAUAUCCGUCAUCAAGGAGAGCUUCUGGUGUUCCUGGCUUGAACCCUACAGAAGAGAAGGACGGGAACCUGCAAGACAUUGUAAACAGGGGAAGCCUGCAUGAGUUCCUGGUUGGGCUUCACGAUCGGUUUGGUCCUGUGGCGUCGUUCUGGUUCGGACGGCGACCUGUAGUAAGUCUCGGCUCUGUAGAUGAACUGCGGCAGCACAUCAACCCCAACUGGACCACGGAUUCCUUUGAGACGAUGCUCAAGUCUCUGCUCGGUUACCAGUCAGGAGCGGGCAUAGGAGGCACAGAGGCGGUGAUGAGGAAAAAAGUUUAUGAAGGCGCCAUUAACAAAACACUAGAGAAUAACUUCCCUCUUCUGCUGAAACUGGUUGAGGAGUUGGUUGAAAAGUGGCAGUCGUAUCCCAAAUCCCAGCACACGCCUCUCUGCGCUCACCUGCUCGGACUGGCCAUGAAGGUCGUCACUCAACUCGCCAUGGGCAGCCGCUUCGCCGAAGACGCCGAAGUCAUUCGCUUCCGCAAGAACCAUGAGGCAAUCUGGUCCGAGAUUGGGAAAGGAUACCUCGACGGUUCUAUGGAGAAGAGCUCCAGCAGGAAGGCGCACUAUGAGAGCGCGCUGUCUGAGAUGGAGUCCAUGCUGAAGUCUGUUAUAAAAGAGAGAAGUGGGCGUGGCGCAAACUGCUCAUCUUUCAUGGACUCUUUACUGCAGGCUAAACUAUCAGAGAGACAGGUCAUGGAAGAGAGUAUGGUGUUCACCCUCGCUGGCUCAGUCAUCACUGCAAAUCUGUGCAUCUGGGCAGUACACUUCCUGUCCCUGUCGGAGGCAGUGCAGGAGAAGCUGCAUGAGGAGUUAACAGAGGUGCUGGGCGAUGAGCCGGUGUCCCUGAAGCAAGUUCCACAGCUCAGGUACUGUCAGCAGGUCCUGAACGAGACGGUUCGCACGGCUAAACUCACCCCGAUCGCAGCCAGACUGCAGGAGGUGGAAGGGAAGGUGGACGAACAUGUUAUUCCCAAAGAGACUUUGGUUAUCUACGCUCUCGGUGUCGUUCUUCAAGAUGCAGACACUUGGACAUUACCAUACAGGUUCAAUCCAGAUCGUUUUACAGAUGAAGCGGUGACGAAGAGCUUCUCGCUGUUGGGUUUUUCAGGAAAUCAGGCCUGCCCUGAGCUUAGAUUUGCGUACACGGUGGCAACGGUGCUGCUGAGCUCGCUGGUGCGUAGGCUACGGCUGCACCACCUCAAGGGCCAGGUAGUGGAGUCCAGGUACGAGCUUGUGACCACGCCGAAAGAUGACACCUGGAUCACAGUGAGCAAGAGGAACUGAUUCAGCAGAUUCUUGAAGUAUUGCACACAACCAUAAAGGACACUGUGAAGAGAUCAAGUUUCCAGGACGUCGAAAGUAGUGCUGUGUUAAUAGUCAUCAGAUAUGACCAAUGGAACAAGAAGAACGAUUUCUAAUGCCUUACGUGUUAUAAAGUUCUAACGAGUCAUUUUAAUGAAUCAUUUAAUAACUGAUUCAUCUUAGAUAAAUAACUUGUUUCAUAGUAUAUUUCCAUCGAUGAAAAAUACCUUGUUUGCUGUUAUUUUAGUAAUAAAUAUGAAAAUUUGUUUGUUACAAGGUUUAAUAAUUUAACAGAAGAAUUCUGUAUUUGUACAUAGUCGGGUGCAAAAAUUUACACACCCUUUGGGCCAAAUGAAGAAGGCAGAUGUUUCUUCAUUACAUUUGUAAUUUUAAGAUGAUCGUGUGAGGAAGAAAUAAACUGCAUCACAUUACGCUGAUUACACAA